UGGCGUUACCUUGAAACCACUUCACACAGAAACUAUCGAAUCAAAAAUUGAAAGUCAAGUGGUUGCAGAGAGAAAUGAAGAACACUGGUAAGAGUAACAAAGGCAACGGAAAGUCGGAUGUGAGGAAAGACAGGAAAUCUGGUACGGGAAUGAGUGGAUCGCCGAAGAAAGGAGGUCACGGUGGCAAGUUCACUUGGGCUGGAGAUGGGCUUUCGCCUGCUGAGAUCGGGGUCGAGAAAGAGGUCGUUGAUGUUAAGGAUCCGAACUUUGAAGAUCCGGAUGAGAUCGUGACCAAUUGAUUGGGUUAGGGUUAGUGAUGGUGGUGAUCUAUCAUGAUCAUCGUUCUUACUAGUUUGAUGAUGAUGAGAUGUAAAUAUUUAUCCAUGAAUAAAUUGUACUAAUUGCUAUUUUAUUUGCUUCUUAGCUAAAUCAUCAAAGAAUUUAGUGGUUUGGAUUGUAAGAUUUGUGGAUACAGUAGAAGUAUCAAAUUUUCUACAAAAGAAAAAGUUGAAUGUUUGUCAGUCUA